AUGACAGAAGAGGAGCGCCAAAAUACCAUUAAGAAUACCGUCAACAUGCUCAAGUUUGUCCAUGUUGAGGUUAUUCAGAAAAAGUACCUCGCUCAAGUCUACAACAUUGGCGUCGACUAUGCCAAAGGCAUCUACGACGGUCUCCCCAAGAAGUCGUUUGAAUGGUCCGAGGUGGAGAAGCUCGCUCCUGAUGCGCAUCUUUGGUACAAGGAGGCCAAAUUCAGGCCCAGCCAAGGCGAGAGGCUCACCGGCGUGCCCCCUACUGGAACGGUAUAUAACUAGAUUUUCUAAUGCAUAUACGCGAGAGUUCUUGUUCGGAAAGCUCAUAGUUACCAGCGUAUUAUCUAUUCCAGCAAAUCAGCGAUUUUUGAGAUACUUGCUAUAUCACUCCAAUCGCACAAUGUAGUCUGUCAGGACAGAUCAUUUUCUUUCUUAAUAAGAGAAAAGCAAAAUUGAAUAUGGAAUUUAAAAAACAACCCAGAUUUAUUCGCUUCCUACCUCCUGAAAUAAAUCUUACAUGUAUGUAAAAGUAAGGCUACAUAGGACAUGGCAGCCAUGGUUUCACAAUCGCUUGCAGCACGUAAUUGAUAUUAUGCUCCAUGACUAUGAAUUAAACAUGCGCCUGUGUGUAGGAUUGGACCUCUCUGAUUUUCCCGUAUUGUCCAGAAUCUACUGUGUCGUUUGUAUUAGCUCGCGAUGAAGCACUUCUGUAGACUAUAUGUAGGGGUAUGGGUGAUCCUACACACAACGAUAUUGAC